AUGGGUAUACGCGUUUUUGGAAGGUCACCUGACCUCCACGUGGUACCUAAAAUUUUCUUUGUUGAAGUCUGCCAGAUACCUGCUUCUCCCAUCAUUUAUCACCUCAGUUCACGGGUCAAACUCCUUACUGCGAUGUAUUUUGAUCGUCCUCGUCGCUCUACCUCUCGCGCGUCUUCUCCCCUCUUGCUGGCUCUUACUUCUUUGGGGGAGGUAACUUCCCCUGAUCCCAAGUCCAAUGGGGAGGUCGGGCAGGACCAGCUCGCUUUUACCAUCGAAUCUCCGUCUCACCCUCAGCUCCAGCUGUUCGAGACUGUAUUCAACACUGGGAAGCCGUUGUCUGCUUACUGUGAGGACAAUCCCCUGUGGUCGCUCCUGGCGGCAGUAGCUUCUCCCUGUACCAAUUGUCUCAAGACCCCGGGUAAAUGCCAGGUCCCAGCCAAUUCUCCUCAAUGCACGAACUGUUCCUCGAAGAAGACUUGUAGUCUCGGCAAGACCCUUCAGUACCAAUACUUUGCUCGUCAGUGUAACCAAGACCUGGCAUAUAGUCGCAGGUUUUUGGAACUCCAUGGAACUCCUGCACACCGUGCUACUUGGGGGAUUCCCUUGGAUGUUUGGCAUCAGUACGAUGCGGCCCUUCAUGAGCGUACCUCCUCUACUUCGACUCUUUUAGAGUUGAACAUGCUUGAUGAGCAGGACGGGGUCACCGCUGAUCAGCAGGAGCUCCAGAAGUUCCUCGCACUGCAACAGGACGAGGCCUCUGUCGCAGCUAAACAAAAGUGCGCCCGCUCUCCAUUGCCUGUGGUGGGUCCCUCUACCAAGAAGGUCCGUUUGGAGGUUCCCAAGAAGUGUUCCCGUUGCAAGGCUCCUGGAGUAGAGGUAGAUUCAGAGCCUCCUUGUCAUGUCCUUCUGGUGGUUCCUCCCAGUCGUUCGUUGGUUACCUCAACUAUUGCCCCUGUUCCUCCUUGCGCCCUUUCCUCCCCCAUGGAGGUAUCUGUCAGGGACAAUCCUGUGCAGGGUUCGAGUGGUUUGGUUCAAUUGGUGACCAUUGCCGAGGCGCAUUCUGGUUUGGCUUGUCGACAUGCUUCCCCUCCGGUUACUCAGGUGCCUAUAAAGGGAGGAGAAUCGGAUAUUUUUUCUUCCAACAUGCCUCCCACUCCUUGUUCUACCUUGGUCCCUCGCGUCCUCACUGCUCACCCUUACCGCACUGAGAAUCAGCGUCUCAUUGCUCAGGUUCGACUGCUUGAGUCCCAGCUUGCCGACUCGCGGAGAGAAAAUUCUGUAAGACCUGGGUCAAAAUAG